CGGAGAAGAAAUACCGGUAAACCGUCGAGUCAUCGAGUCUUCUCUUCCACGUCGCGGCUCUCCUCAUCCAUGGAGGAUCACAGACUGUGACGCCACACAGAACCAGAACCAAAGAGCAAAUCCAAAUGACACUAUGCAAGACCUGUCACUUCGCUUCACCCUCCAUGCCUGCUCUAGUCCCAGACCCGCACCACUUCCUCACUCUGCUGGAGAAGCACUGCACCACCAUGAAGGACCUCCAAAUCCUCCACGCUCAGCUCAUCAAGACCGGCCUCUCGAGCCGCACGCUCCCCGCGAGCCGCGCGCUGGCCUUCUGCGCCUCCCCGUCCGGCGACAUCGACUACGCUUGGAGGCUCUUCAGCCGAAUCCGGAGACCCAAUCUUUUCAUUUGGAACACCAUGAUCAGAGGACUUUCCCAGAGCUCGACUCCGCAAGAUGCCAUCAUUUUGUUCAUCGACAUGCUCGUAUGUUCGCCAAUCGAGCCGCAGAGACUGACUUAUCCUUCGGUUUUUAAGGCUUAUUCCCAGCUGGGGUUAGCUCGCUUCGGAUCUCAGCUGCACGGGAGGAUUAUGAAGCUGGGUCUGCAAGAUGACCCGUUUAUACGAAACACCGUCAUUCACAUGUAUGCCAAUUGUGGGUUCUUGGAGGAAGCUCGCCUGGUGUUUGACGAAAGUACGGAUUGUGAUGUGGUUGCUUGGAAUUCUAUGAUCAUGGGCCUUGCCAAGUGUGGGGAAAUCGAUAAGUCUCGGAGGUUGUUUGACAAGGCACCGAAGAGGAAUGCGAUCACUUGGAGUUCGAUGGCUACUGGAUAUGUUAGAAAUGGGAAGUUUGUGGAUGCAAUGAAUCUGUUCGAGGAAAUGCAGGACAGUGGAAUUGAGCCGAACGAAUUUACUUUGGUUAGUCUGUUGAAUGCUUCUGCCCGCUUAGGGGCUCUGAAACAAGGGCAGUGGGUUCACGAGUACAUAAAGAAAAGUGGGACUCAGCUAAAUGCGAUUGUUACCACCGCAAUAAUAGACAUGUAUUGCAGGUGUGGGAGCAUUGGGAAGGCAUAUCAAGUGUUUCAGGUAGCACGAAAGAAAGGGCUAUCAUGUUGGAACUCCAUGAUCCUAGGCCUCGCCAGGAAUGGUUAUGCAGAAGAAGCAAUUAGCUUGUUCUCUCAGCUGGGGUCGUCCAAUUUUAAGCCGGAUGAAGUCACUUUCCUUGGUGUUCUGACAGCUUGUAAUCACGCUGGCUUUAUUGAUGAAGCCACAAAGUAUUUCCUGCUUAUGAAGGAAAGACCUGAAGUUAAACCAUCAAUAAAACAUUAUAGUUGCAUGGUUGAUCUGCUGGGACGUGCUGGUUUCCUUGAAGAAGCAGAAGAGCUGAUAAGAAGCAUGCCUAUGGACCCGGAUGCUAUUAUAUGGGGGUCUUUGUUAUCAGGCAGUGUGAAUCAUGGAAGGGCUGAUGUGGCCGAGCGGGCAGCGAAAAAUAUGAUCGAGCUGGACUCCAGUGAGAGCUGUGCUUAUGUACUCAUGUCCAAUGUUCUAGCUGGCUCAAAUCAGUAUGAAGAAGCACUGGAACCAAGGUUUUCUAUGAAGACGAGGAAGAUAGAGAAAGAACCAGGAGCUAGUAUGAUUGAGGUUGAUGGGGAAGUUCAUGAAUUUGUAGCCGGAGGAAGACUACAUCCAAGAGUUGAAGAGAUAUACUGCUUGUUAGCUGAAUUAAGGCAGAUAUUGCAAGAUGUUGGAUGAUUCCAAAAUUAAUCGGCAUAAUGUUUUAAGAGGUUCUCAGGGAAGUUAUGGCAUGUAGACAUCAUGAAGAGGAAGAUGUUUAUAUAUGUUGAGCAUAAGCAGGAUUCCUCAGUCCUGAUCUAGAAGAAGUGGACAGCAUCAAUGUCAUGGAUCGAAUUUUACAUGAUUAAUGUCAUAAGCUGGAACUACUUUACUAUUCAGUUAUAGCAACAGAUCUAGAAAUCGCGACAAUGCAACCAAGCAGAGGAGACGCCGUUCGCAAAAAUUUUGUAGGGUUACAAAUUGUGAGCGGAAGCUCACUAGGAGACCUCAGCAGCUCAGCUACACAUUGAAGAGUGCCCUUCAAUGUACUCAAACAGGCACCUUUGGUCUUCUACAGAUAAUUCCCCUAGAGGAGAUACAGUGUACAUGAUUGAAGUCCCUGAUGCUGUGACCUGACCUUGCUUAAUAUGGACCGGUUUAAAGACGUGGAUACAUAUGUGGUGAUCCCUUGUCAGUCACCAUGAAAUUGUGAUAUGCUUGCCAAGGAGACUGAUCUCUGGGCAUAGAUGCGGUAGUUCAUAGAAGAUCAGCCUGCGACAAUGCCUAAACAGAGUUGCUUUCGGCGUGCUCCACAACUCUAAAGAAUGGAUAACAGCAAGGAAUUGCUAUUUUUGCUAAUGACUGCCUUAAGCUGCCUAGGAUUCUGAGAGGGUCUUCUUUAGAUCUUCACCUGUGUGGUGGGCAGCUAAUAAAUUCGGAAGUCAACAAUGUAGCAAAACCAGUGACAGUGAUUCUAGGAACAAGAAAAGUAGAAUCAUGGACCCAGACAACUGGACACAAAAUUUGUGGUGGUAAAAGCUUUGUGGCCAACGCAGUGACUAUUACAUUUUU